CAUGCAAAUUUUCAGAAAAGAAAAAAAUAAUUUCUGUUCAUGCUUUUCAAAUAUUUCAGUUUCUCAGGCUUUUGCCAUUAUUUAUUGAAAACAAAAUUAAAAAAUUAGACAAUCCGGUUUGGAAAUUAAUUAUUUUACUCAUGGAAAUAACAGAAAUAGUUUGCGCACCUGCUAUUCAUAAAUCCUACUUAGGUUAUUUGCAACAAAGCAUUGACGAAUAUUUGUGUCUUAGAGCAAAACAUUUUCCUAAUGUAAAAUUAAGACCAAAACAUCAUUUCCUUUGGCACUAUCCUGAACUAAUUUUGAAAUUUGGACCUUUAAUAAAGGUAUGGUCUAUGCGUUUCGAAAGUAAGUACACUUUUUUUAAACGAAGCAUACGAUUUCUUCAUAAUUUUAUAAAUAUUACCAAAUCACUGUCUGAAAAACAUGAACUAUUUCAAAGUUUCCUUAGGUUGGGGAGCGACAUUAGAUUUGAUGUUUUAUUAAACAAUAGUUAUCCUUUUGAAAUACAUAUCUAUGCAGAAAAUUUGCAAGCAGCAUUGAGAAGGGCAAACCUUACUCAAGAUUUUCUUCAAGAAUGUAACUCUGUAACUAUAAAAGGAACAGACUAUGAGAAAGGAAAUAUUUUACUGAUAAAUCAAUCUGCUUAUCAACAUGAUACUGUACUAGGUAAAAUUUGUAUUUUUCUACAUGACGGAAGUAAAAAAUUUACGUUCUUAUGGAAAUAGUAGAAAAUACAUUUUGCCCUGAACUUCGUGCUUAUGAAGUUGGAAUAGUAAAAGGAUACGAAUGUUGUUCUUUAAAUGAACUAAUAGCAUAUGAACCUUUGCACAUUUAUAAUACUGGAAACAAAUUAUUUGUCAAACCUAAGUACCGAUAUGUACAUAACAACUUAUAACUAUUUGCUGAUGAAGUCGUAAGAAGCAAUAUGCCGAUUUUCAAGGUUUCUGAUUCUACCAAAAGUGUCCAAAAAUUUAUCAGAGGUUUAACAAUUGUAGAUGUUCUUCAAGAGUCACAAAAAAAAUUGGACCUUCCUGAUGGUAAUUAUAAGGUUAUUAGUGAGCUCGAAGGUAUCGAAAUAGAAGAUGAUGACAUAUUGCUAGAACUUUCUCAGAUGUCAAAACAACCAUUAAGUUUACUUGUAAUUCCACUUAAUGAGAGUAAUAACAACAAUGGCACUUAUUUUAAGGAAACUUCAAUUCCUGUUAUUGACUUACAAUUUAUUGGAGAUUUCAGUAAUCUUGAAAAUGUUCAUGGGAAGGAUAAAAGUGAUAAACAAACAAUUGUUUUAGGAGAUGAGAUAAUGAAUUUGUGUCCACCAGGUUUAAUAAAUAGCAUAAAUAAUAAACAAGCUGUUCAUCCCCUUGAUAGAAGAAAGUUAGUUGCAAAUAUCUCUGAGUACAUGAUUCACGUUAUAAAAGAUACAUCCCGUGGUCUUGCAAUUAAAAUUGUUUCUUAUAUAAUUGAUCGCAGCUCUGGCGUUUUCAUAGACAAAAUUGGGGAUGUCGUAUUAGGAUCAGGGGUUAUUACUCUUGUUAAGUUAAGGCUUUAAGUUAAGGUAUCGAAUUGCGAGCGUUAGGGUCGAGGGUUCAAUUCUUGUCGGUUAGAAAUUUUCUCUGUUCGGUACAUAAUCGUUAGAGCUUAAAAUAAGCGUCAGUAUAGGAGAG